CAGCACAGGACCUGCAGCACCAAAGCACAGGCCCCAAAGCACAGGCCCAGAUAAAGGAGUAACUCCCUCCUAGGGUAGCAGUAGUAGGCAUUUAUCCUUCACAUGCACCGACAAUUAGUGGGGAACAGACACUCCCUUCACAAGCACAUUCAUCCCCCAUGCGUGGCUGGGGGCACAGGCCUGAGAUCGGCUGCUUCAGGUGCACAUAGGCCAGGGGAGCCGAAGCUUGGCUGGAAAUCUGCCCUCCAAAUGUGGAGUCCUGUCUGACUCUCCCAGUGGGAUAGACUGUGUGCAGUGGGCUUUCUGGGGAGAGCAAAGACAGGUGGGGCCCUGUUGCCAGGAGGAGUUUGUAGUAGGUCCCCUGCGGGUACAAGUGAGUGGGUGAGCUGUAAUACCAGGGGCUGCUAUGACCUGGGGGGGUGUCACACGCCAGGGCAUUGGUUCAUCACCUGGCUGGGUAACUCCACUUGCUCUGGUUUCUCCUCUGCUCUGCACGCAGACUCUGAAAACCAUGGAUGAGAUGCUGAAGGCCUUGGUGUGCAAGGAUCAGGAGCCCAACCUUCUGGCGCUGCAAAUCAUCUUGAAGGUCCUGCUCCCCUGGACUACAUCCAAGGAGGUGCAUGAGCGGCUGAGGGCAGUGGGAAGGAUCACCUGGCUUAUGGAAUUCAUGGGGUCUCAGUGCAAAUUCCAGGAAGUGGAGGAGUUCAGCGUCCUGGGCCAGCUGGUGGGGUGUCUCACUCUGUGCUGUGCGGAGCUGGAGCAGGAGAUCUGGCAAUUGGCUGUGGAGGGCCUUCACCACGUCUACUCCUUCAUGCUGCAGCUAAAAUGUAAGAGCACUGGAGACCCUUGUCCUUCCUAAAUACACUGACAUGGGGUUUCCAACAUGAAAAACAUAUUUAUUGAACACUUCCACCUUUUCUGCAACCUUUUAA